ACUCUAACCGUGUUAAAAACAACACGUGCUAAUGACAACACAUUACCACAUGUAGUUGCUUUGAGCCAUUUCCUCCAAAAAACGUGCUGAAGACAAAGCUAAACCUGAACUUUUAAAGAGUAUUAAACAGACCGGCGGACAGAGGAUGCACACAGUCAGCGCAGAGUUAUUUCACAAAGCCGUGCGAACGCCAACACUUCGCAAAGUUUGUUACCUAUGUAUCUGGCAUUGAGCCCGUCGACGCAUCUCGCCGCACCGCUACGGCAAUUCGCGGAGGCAGAGCCGUGCCUUUAAACCCGCCCUCAAGAGGGAUCUCAUUUCCCCUAAAACCUCCCAUUCUCCUCCCUCCCCCGAUCAUCUCUCUCAGUCUGUACCUCUAUUCCAGCUCCACUAUCCCGAUCAUGGACCUCGCAGCGAGGUGCGCGUUCCUGCUCUCCAGCUUCGCCGUGCUUGCAGCGCUCGAAUUGGACGCGGUUGAUCCCGGCUACUAUGUGGAGACCAGCACCUCCUCAGACGUGAUCGACUAUAAAGAUCCCUGCAAAGCUGUUGCCUUUCUAGGAGACAUUGCACUUGAUGAAGAAGACAUGCGCAUGUUUACAGUGGACCGCAUUAUAAAUCUAGCCCAGAGAACAGUCACAAUUCUUAAUAACACGGAGACCGGUUCACUAGCCAAUGAGACGAGUCCAAACAAUACUGCAUCCAUUCAGGGGUCCCGCCGCAGGAAGAGAGCAGCGACCUCCAGACCUGAGAGGGUGUGGCCUGAGGGUGUCAUCCCUUAUGUCAUCAGUGGGAACUUCAGUGGUAGCCAGAGAGCCAUAUUCAGACAGGCUAUGAGACACUGGGAAAAAAACACAUGCGUGACUUUCAUUGAGAGAACAACAGAGGAGAGCUACAUCGUCUUCACCUACCGGCCGUGUGGGUGCUGUUCAUAUGUUGGACGGAGGGGAGGAGGUCCUCAGGCUAUAUCCAUCGGGAAAAACUGUGACAAGUUUGGAAUUGUGGUGCAUGAGCUUGGUCACGUGAUCGGAUUCUGGCACGAGCACACGCGGCCCGACAGAGACGAUCACGUCAGUAUUAUACGGGAUAACAUUCAGCCAGGACAAGAGUAUAACUUUUUGAAGAUGGAGCCUGGUGAGGUGGACUCACUCGGGGAGGUCUAUGAUUUUGACAGUAUCAUGCACUAUGCAAGAAACACAUUUUCCAGAGGGAUAUUUUUGGAUACCAUUUUGCCACGAUAUGAUGUGAAUGGAGUUCGGCCACCAAUCGGUCAAAGGACCAGAUUAAGCAAAGGAGACAUCACACAGGCACGCAAACUUUACAAGUGUCCAAGAUGUGGAGACAGUUUACAGGAGAGCAGUGGGAACUUAUCUUCACCUGGCUUUCCCAAUGGCUAUUCAGCAUACAUGCAUUGCAUCUGGAGAAUCUCCGUCACACCUGGAGAAAAGAUCAUUCUAAAUUUCACCUCAAUGGAUUUAUACCGGAGUCAUUUGUGCUGGUAUGAUCACGUGGAGAUCAGAGACGGAUAUUGGAGAAAGGCACCGUUGAAAGGUCGAUUCUGCGGGGAUAAAUUACCCGAGCCGAUCAUUUCGACAGACAGUCGGCUGUGGAUUGAGUUUCGCAGUAGCAGUAACUGGGUGGGCAAGGGCUUCUCUGCCGUUUAUGAAGCUAUUUGCGGCGGGGAGGUGAAAAAAGACAACGGUCAAAUUCAGUCUCCAAAUUACCCAGAUGACUACAGACCCAACAAAGUGUGCGUGUGGAAGAUAACCGUGGCUCAGGGCUACCACGUAGGCCUCACCUUCCAGUCUUUUGAGAUCGAGAGGCACGACAACUGCGCGUACGACUACCUGGAAGUUCGGGAUGGGAAUUCGGAAAACAGCCCCCUGCUGGGCAGAUUUUGUGGUUAUGACAAACCUGAUGAUAUUAAAUCAAGCUCCAACCAACUCUGGAUGAAAUUUGUGUCUGACGGUUCUGUAAACAAGGCUGGGUUUGCUGCCAAUUUCUUCAAAGAAAUGGAUGAGUGCUCCAGGCCUGACAAUGGGCGCUGUGAGCAGCGUUGUGUCAACACGCUCGGCAGUUACAAGUGCGCCUGUGACCCUGGAUACGAGCUGGCUGCAGACAAACGAAGCUGCGAGGCUGCCUGUGGGGGUUUUAUCACAAAGCUGAACGGAUCCAUCACCAGCCCAGGCUGGCCCAAGGAGUAUCCGCCCAACAAGAACUGUAUCUGGCAGCUAGUGGCGCCCACGCAGUACCGUAUCACCCUCCUGUUCGACGUAUUCGAGACCGAGGGGAACGAUGUGUGCAAGUAUGAUUUUGUGGAGGUGAGGAGCGGCUUGUCAGCUGACGCCAGGCUGCACGGGAAGUUCUGCGGAGCCGAGAAACCGGAGGCCAUCACCUCUCAAUACAACAACAUGCGCAUUGAGUUUAAAUCUGACAACACUGUCUCCAAGAAGGGCUUCAAGGCCCAGUUCUUCUCAGAUAAAGACGAGUGCUCAAAGGAGAACGGCGGUUGUCAGCACGAAUGUGUCAAUACUUUUGGCAGCUACAGUUGUCAGUGCCGAAGUGGCUUCGUACUGCAUGAGAAUAAACAUGACUGCAAGGAAGCCGGCUGUGAUCACGUUGUGAACAGCGUGAGUGGGACCAUCACCAGCCCCAACUGGCCAGAUAAAUAUCCCAGUAAGAAGGCCUGCACCUGGGCCCUCUCCACUACUCCAGGACAUCGGAUUAAAAUAGCAUUCAAUGAAAUCGACAUGGAGCCUCAUUCAGAAUGCGCUUAUGACCACAUUGAGAUUUACGACGGUCGGGAUGGGAAGGCGUCCAGUCUGGGCCGCUACUGCGGCACAAAGAAACCUCCACCGAUCUUAUCCACCAGCAACAAGAUGUUCAUACGGUUCUUCUCUGAUAACUCAGUGCAGAAGAAAGGAUUCGAGGCCUCCCAUACUGCAGAGUGUGGAGGCCGUUUGAAAGCGGAGGUAAAAACUAAAGACCUUUACUCCCACGCCCAGUUUGGCGAUAAUAACUACCCCGGAGCGUCCGACUGCCAGUGGGUGAUCUCAGCAGAGAAGGGCUAUGGAGUGGAGCUCAUCUUCCAGACCUUUGAAAUUGAAGAAGAGGCUGAUUGUGGCUAUGAUUACAUGGAGCUGUUUGACGGGGCCGAUGUCAAGUCUCCCAGACUGGGACGCUACUGUGGAUCAGGGCCUCCGGAGGAGAUUUAUUCAGCUGGUGACUCCAUUGUCAUCAAAUUCCGCUCGGACGACACUAUCAACAAGAAGGGCUUCCACGUGCGUUACACGAGCACCAAGUUUCAGGACACACUUCACUCCCGUAAGAAGUGACCCCUAGUGGCCGGGAGGGGCCGUGCAGGGCCUAGGGGGAAGCGAAGAGGCCCCAGGGGGAGGAUCUCGCCCAUCGCUCGGAGCCCCCCGGCCACCAAGAACACCCAGACUCGACGGACCAGCCGCAAGAACGCCAACCGCACCUCAGUAGAUCACAGGGGCUCUGGCAUCCCCUACUGACUGUGAGGAGUAAAGCCAUUCCGCAGUAGACCUUGUUUUUACCUUUUCUUUUUUAAUUGUUACGUUUGGGGCAACGUGGAGGGGGGAACGUAUUCAGUUUGAUGGAUACUUUAGGGAACGCGGGCAAGAAAGGGAAUUAUGAUACGUGAGGGUGGGUUGGGUGGGCGGAUGUUGAUCACCCCAUGGAACCCCUCCCCUUUUUUUCUUUCAUGAGCCGAGAUCGACAAACGCAGAUACACUGAGGAACUCCUGCAGGACAACCUAACAGUCAGACCUUCAUCAAGCCAGUUGACUAUCCAAGAGUGGUAUUGAGUGGAGUAGGGCAUUCCUCACCGCUGCAGUGUGGGGGAACGUCCGUCUCCGCUUAUGAUAAUCAGGCAUUGUUUGUUCAUAAAGAGCCUUGUUGGUCUGGUUACCUGUUUGUUGUUGAGCUCAUGUCACUGUCAAAGAGAUGCAUGUAGUAUAGUUAGCAGGACGUAGACAUGAACCAGAAAUUGUGAACGUGAUGGCACCAGUUAUUUCCAGGCCAGUAAUCCGAAAGUUCCCCUGCCCGGGUUAUCAUACUUUAGGAUAUUUUCCAGACAAAAUUAUUAUGCUAAAAAAGACUAAUAAACAAAACGUGGCCCAUGUC